AAACCACUUGAAAUUCAAACGAUGAACAUCUUUCGCUCAAAGGCUGUUACAACUACACCCGAGAAGGUCCCAGUUGAAAACAAGGGUCCUGUAACUCACACACCAAUUCUUUCACCUCCUGGCGAAUAUACUCCUGUGACCCCCCCUCCUCUUGAUGAAACCCAAGUGAAGAAGUUGGGCGAUUUGCGUGCCUACUUUAUCAAAAACAUGCUGCCCGAGUCAGACUCCUACUAUCCCAAUGAGAAGGGAUUUCUGACAGAUGCUACAUUGAAGCGCUAUUUGCGUGCUCGCAAGUGGGAUUUUGAGGCUGCAAAGAAUAUGCUCGACAACACUGUAAAGUGGCGCCGUGGAUAUAAGCCAGACCUCUUGGACCCAGAUUAUAUCAGACCUGAGGCUGAGACUGGCAAGAUGUAUUUCAAUGGCUUCGAUAAAUGUGGCCGUCCUGUCUGGAUUAUGCGCCCUAGACUCGAGAAUUCAAAGGACGCAGAACGACAAAUCAAACAUGUUGUUUACAGCUUGGAACGUGGGAUUCGUCUUAUGCCUGACAUGGUCGAGAACAUCGCGAUCGUUGUAGACUUUAAGGAUUCUUCUGCUUCACACAACCCAAGCGUUGCAACAUGCAAGAAAUUCUUGGAUAUUCUUGGCAAUCAUUACCCAGAAAGAUUAGGUAAAUUCUUUAUUAAUAAUGCACCCUGGUUCUUCUUUGCCACCUUCAAGUUAAUCUCACCCUUUAUGGACCCUAUUACAAAGCAAAAGAUCAAAUUCGUGUACGACAGAGAAGGCAAAACCGAUACCAAGGGCACCACCAACGAAUGGGUUCAUCUGAAGGAUUACAUUUCCUCUAACCAGCUCGAAACAGAUUUUGGAGGAGAAUACCACUUCUCAUACGAAGUUGAGCCAUACUGGAAUGCUCUCCUUGAUAAGACAGGCCGGCCCUAUAAGGUGAUCGAAUACUAA